AGCACAACACAGACAAGAGGUUGUAGACAAGACAGUGAGUGCCCGGAGGAGCCUGGAGACCUAUUCCUAUAACAAAUACCACACCAUGGAGGAGAUCUACUGGUGGAUGAGCCAGAUCAGUGAGGCAUACCCGGAAGUGGUGACACAGCAUUUCCUAGGAAUGACCUAUGAGGCCCGGUCUAUGUAUUAUCUGAAGAUCAGCCAACCAUCCAACAACCCCAAGAAGAUCAUUUGGAUGGACUGUGGAAUUCACGCCAGGGAAUGGAUUGCCCCGGCUUUUUGCCAAUGGUUUGUGAAAGAAAUUCUACAAAACUAUAAAGACAACUCAAGGAUAAGCGGGUUCCUUAGGAACCUGGACUUCUAUGUGCUUCCCGUUCUUAACAUAGACGGUUAUAUCUACACGUGGACGACUGAUCGUCUUUGGAGGAAAUCCCGCUCAUCCCAUAAUAAUGGCACAUGUUUUGGGUCGGAUCUCAAUCGAAAUUUCAAUGUAUCUUGGUGUAGUAUUGGUGCAUCUAGAAACUGCCAAGAUUUAACAUUCUGUGGGACAGGACCAGUGUCCGAACCAGAGACUAAAGCUGUCUCCAGUUUUGUAGAGAGCAAGAAGGACAACAUUUUGUGCUUCCUGACCAUGCACUCUUAUGGGCAAUUAAUUCUCACACCUUAUGGCUACACCCAAAAUAAAUCAAGUAACCACGAAGAACUGAUUCAAGUUGGACAGAAGGCAGCAAAUGCAUUGAAAGCAAAGUAUGGAACCAAUUAUAGAGUUGGAUCAAGUGCAGAUAUUUUAUAUUCCACAUCAGGGUCUUCAAGAGACUGGGCGCGAGACAUUGGGAUCCCCUUCUCAUUCACGUUUGAGCUGAGGGACAAUGGUACAUUUGGGUUUAUUCUGCCAGAAACUCAGGUGCAGCCCACCUGUGAGGAGACCAUGGAGGCCGUGCUCUCGAUCCUGGAUGAUGUGCAUGCAAAGUACUGGCCCUCGAGCAGUACCAGGAAGGUGUCAUCUGUCGCUUUGGUGCUAAGCCUGCUAUUGCCCUUCACAUGUCUUCUCUGAGUGCAUCUACCCAGUCCACUCAACCCAGCGACAUGGAUGUGGUUGGAGGCAAGGCGUGCUGUGGUUGUAGAGAAACCAAAUAAUUUAAUAAAAAUACUUUCUAUUUCAAUAAAGAAGAAUUGCAUUUGCAAUUCAAAAUUUGUUUCACUGGUAAUUAGUUUUUAUUACUUUAUAAGAGUACAAUAUUAGUUAAUUAUUGCUACAAUAAUGCUACAAACCAAACCCUCUAAAACACAGUGGUGCCAAUGUAUAGGCCAGGGAGGAAGUUCUGCUGAUCUUGGCUGUGCUCGCUUCUGCAUCUGUAGUCAGUUUCAGGACAGCUGGUUGAUCCUGGCUGAACUCACUCUGAGGGCUGGCUGGCUGUCAGCUAGUUAGAAUAGCCUUGGCUAGGAUGAGGAACUGCGGCUGUGCUCCAUGCAUCUUCUCCUGCAGCAUAUUAGGACAGGCACGCACUCACGGGUAUGGUGGAAGAGAAAGCAACAGAAGAGCAAGUCUCAAUGUGUGGGCACUUUUCAAACCUUUGCUUGCAUCACAUUUAGCAAACAUCUCAUUGGCCAAAGGAAGUCACAUGGCUGAGCUCAGUGUCAAGGGGUGGGGCAGAGCAAAGGUGAGUGAAGAAUGAAGAACUGGGACAUCAUUGAAAUGACUGUCCCUGGUGUUUAAUGCCAUGCUCUUGAGUCACAGGUUUAGUUUCAUAGGCAAGAUAGCUCAGCUAAAUGAGGCAAUUCAACUAGUUUCCCUAUUAUUUUAUCUAGUUUUAAACCUUGAGAACUCUGUGUGUACCAGUGAAACCUCACUGCUCUUGAAAUCUAAUUAAAAGUCACAUGAUGAGAUUCCGAUAAGGUUUUUCUACUAAUUUUUUUUGUGUGUGUGAUUUAUGAUCUUAAUAUCCACUAAGGAAAAUGAUGUAGGAACAAGUUUUCUGCCCUGGGGUCCAGGGAUUUUUUUUUCUCAUCUUUGAAAAUGUUGCUUAUGCCAUGGAACCAAAUUCUUGCUUAAUUUUGUGUUAAUGAGUUAGUAGCAGCAUACUCAGAAGAUUAAGUUUGUACAGUUUCUCUAGAAACAGUUUCUCUAGCUGUUGCUGGUUUUAUUAAUUAUAUAUUCCAAGAGAUUUUUCGAGAAUCUACUGGGCACAUUUUGCUAGGCUCUGGGGUUACAACAGUGAAUCAGAGAGACACAGCCCCUGUCUAUUUGGAAUUUGUAUUCAGGUGGAUGAAAUCCCGAGUAACAGAAGGAUAAUUGGAAUGGACACAUUGUACCAGGCAGUCCCAGCUCUGGGGAAACCAAAUUAAGCAAGAAUACAAAUAAAUAAACAAAACAUUGCAGCUUAUGACACAUACUAUGGGAGAAAUAGAAAGUAAAUAGAGAGGUAAGCAAGGGCCAGAUUGCAUGUUUACGGAUAUAUACACAUUUAAUUGUGCUAUCUCAUCUAUUAAAUUUUAAGUGCUCUUAAAGUAGCAUCCAUGACUGUCAUUUCCUAGGUAUCUCUAUGUGACACCUUGAAAUGGUGCUAAGCAUUUGUCAGGCUUCGAACAAAUGCAGCUGUGACCAGCUGACAGGGCAUCCUUGGGUGUUCAGUCACCCAUUUCCAAAUUCCCUUGUUGGUCACAGUCACAAUACACUUCUUGGUUGUAACCCUUUUAUUGCCUCUCUUUGUCCUCUUUAUUCCUUCAUGUUUUGCUAGCGUGUGGCUGAUAAGGGUCAGAAAGGAAAAUGUCGAGGGCAAUAGGGUUUAAUGAAUCAGAGAACAGCGAUUUACAUAAAAAUGCCAACUCCACAAUUGUGGCAUUGUCAGGAGAAAAUGGCUUGGUUUCAUCAACAACGGUCAGCCUGGAAGGGAAGAAAACUAGUGACCACCCAAUGCCAUAUUCAAGAAGAAAGCAGGGAAGCUGUGUUUAGGUUAUCAGUUUUAAUCUAGCCUGUGUUUGAGUUUCCAAGGCUAUUUUUUCAAUAAUUUGGACCUCUGAGUACUAACAAAGCUCUGAUCUGCAAAGUUUAAUUCAUGUCCAAAGAGCCCAUGGACAAAUAAAUUUGGAAGAGAACAGAUCGAAACUCAAUCAGCUUGCCUGAAACCUGCCACGUGGAGUUUUCCAGACUCCAGGACACAGUCAUAGCUU